GUAACCGGGGGCGGGGCAUACGGAAGCCAAACGUAACCACCCCGAAGUUUCUGGGACCCAGACUCCGGCCUCUGCUAGGUAGCUCGAGACUGGCGGAUUCUUGCAGUGCACAGGCGUCUGAGAGGCGUCAGUCUGCUCCCGCGGAGACCCAUAGCGUAGCGGCUAUUUUCCGGGAGUGGGCUCAGUCGGCCGCGCGGGUGACGCAGGACGCGCGACUCAGACCGCAUGCCCCUUUGUUGACCUGGCCUCCAGACUGAGAGAACUCACAAAUCGCACAUGGGAGAGUCAGCAGAACUACCACCCCUCAUUCUCCUGUGUAUGUUCAGUGUUGACCGAGAGUAAACAAGAAGAGGGCCUUCAGAUUUCAGGUGUAAUCAGCAUUGGAAAAGAUGCCAGCCCCAGCUGCCACAUAUGAAAGAAUAGUUUACAAAAAUCCCUCUGAACACCACUACAUGAAAGUCUGCCUAGAAUUUCAAGAUCAUGGAGUUGGACUGAAUGCUGCACAGUUCAAACAGCUGCUUAUUUCAGCCCUGAAGGACCUGUUUGGAGAGGUUGAUGCUGCCCUACCCUUGGACAUCCUAAACUAUGAAGAGAAGACCUUGUCAGCUGUCUUGAGAAUAUGUAGCAGCGGUCUUGUCAAAUUGUGGAGCUCUCUGACCCUGUUAGGAUCCUAUAAAGGCAAGAAAUGUGCUUUCAGAGUGAUUCAGGUUUCUCCAUUUCUCCUUGCAUUAUCUGGUAAUAGUAGGGAACUAGUUUUGGAUUGAAUAGUCUUCAAUUUCAGAAACAUUCCUCCGCUCUCAAAAGUACGUUUUGAUGCCAGCAUAAUGUGUGAAAACUGAAGCAGGCUAAAAACCUCUCGUUGAUGAAAUUCGAGGAUGCCGAAGAUGUUCCCAGUAAUUUCCAGCCAUCGUCUUUGGUGGGGUGGGCUUCCGAGGAGAAUCUGCCUGAACCAACCAGUGCUAAACAGGCAGCACUUUCAGCAUGUGCACAUCAGAGUUGGAGACCGGGCUGAACUCAGCAGGGCCUUCACACAGAGGGAUGUGAUUUCCUUCUCAGAAUUAACAGGGGAUGUCAAUCCUUUACAUUUAAAUGAAGAUUUUGCAAAACACACCAAGUUUGGAAAGACAAUUGUACAUGGAGUUUUGAUCAAUGGACUUAUUUCAGCUCUCCUAGGUACUAAAAUGCCAGGGCCAGGCUGUGUAUUUCUUUCCCAGGAAAUUAACUUUCCAGCCCCUUUAUAUGUUGGAGAAGUUGUUUUAGCUUCUGCGGAAGUGAAAAGGCUGAAGCGGUUCAUUGCUAUUAUUGCAGUGUCGUGUUUUGUAAUAGAAAGUAAAAAGACUGUUAUGGAAGGCUGGGUUAAAGUUACGGUCCCAGAAGUUCCCAGAUCCUGAAAUAUGUGUUUAAAGAUGCAAGUUCAUGCAUCAGUGUUAUCAUUAUCAAGAGCCUCUGAGGAAAACAGGGAUUGCUGCUCUUCAACAAGGAAUGGCUAACGGACCCAGCAGCCCAUAUUGGAGGAGGGGAACAGGUAGAGAGGUGUUCACAUGUCCACUUUCCAAGUUGGCUUUAUGGUUCACACAGACUUUAUAUCACCUGCCUGGUUUUUUUAAAUUAAAAAAAUACAUAUUGGGAAGGUUGUUUAGCUAAAGGUUCUACUUUUAGGAUUUCAAACCUAGUUAGAUUUGCAUUUGGAUAACACAAACCCACCUAUAUCUGUAUAGAAUAAGUUUCCCACUGAAUUUCUAACUAGCUAGCAUUUAAUUAUUGAAGGCAACAAUAGACAUUGGGUCAUCUGAACAUCUAUCUUUUACGAGUAAAUAUUCUUAAAUAUUCUUCAACAGCUUCUGGGUCAGAGUUUUUUGUAAUUUGUUACUGUUUACACCAAGGUGGCAUCUUGCUUAACUUUCAAGUGGUACUUGCCUUUCAGAUAGUUUUCCUGUUAUCCGAGAAGGGUUAUCGUGCAGAUUUGGACUCAGCUAUGUAAACUCUUGGUUUAAUCUAUAAAAUGGGGAUACCACCUACCACACAGGAUUGCUAGAGAUGAUAGAUACAAAUAGCAAAGCACAAGACCUAGCCUGUAAACAGUAGCUACUACUAUUAUUCAUUCUCCCUGUGAAUGAAGUUAGAAGUUUUCCUGAGUUUAAAGCUAACCGGCCCACAAGUAAACAGGCCAGUCUUUCAGGAUGUCAGGCAAUCUCUUGGUCUUCUAAACCUGGAAUAGAUCUUGAAAUGCACAGUGUCUGUUUUGGUAAUGCAGAUUAUUUUCUCCCAUCCUUGAAAAUAUUGUGGGUUCCCCCCUUUGUAAAAAUAAUACAUGCUUAUUGUAAAAAAUUAUAAGAAAUAAAAAGUAUAAGAAA